GGGGCAGCAGUGCGCCACAAAGGCGCCUAGGUUAUUACACUCGAGACGACGACGAAGAACAAGUUAUAUGAAGAAGAAAGUACAGUUGCCGAUAAAAUGCUGGACAACCGGUUUGUUUUAGCGGUAUAUCGUUGACGAGCAACUUUCAAUCAACAAACAACAUGUUCGGCAAGAAGAGGAGUGAGCCCCUCCCAAGAGGAAAGGGCGCCGCCGCUGCCAAGCAGAUGGGCCUCUUCUUAGGCAUGGACCCCGAAGACAUGAUGACGAUGGCUGCCGAAGAGAGUUUGGACGACCCGGAAUUAGAGGCUGAGCUAGCAGCCAUCACUGGGGGCAAAGCGGCUACUGUUGCAGGGGGAAAAGCCAAACACAAGGGAAGAAGCCCACUGCCGAUGGAGGACAUCGCCAAAAUGGCUGAUGAAUGUAUGCGAGACGUGGAUGAGGAUGAAGAUGACGACAAUGUAGAGGAUGACGAAGACCUCCUGGCUGAGCUAGAGGAAGUGGUGGGCGAGGAUGGCGGGGAGCCUGAGGUUGUUUCUUCUUCAUCUGCGGUGGCCGCUGUUGACUCUUCAGUGCAGGAAAUGAGCGUGCCUCCAGUGGCAGCUGUGCCUGGCAGCGUGCAGCACACAUUGGAGGAGAGGCUCUCCAUGUACAUGACGGCGCUGCACACUGCCAAGACAGCAGGCGAGGGUGCCAAAGCCCGGCGGCUCCAACGCGGAUUAAAGACGCUGGAGUCCAUGCUGGCUGCAGUAAAGAAAGGUCGCCAGGUGAGCGAGGCGGAGAUUCCUCCGCCGGUCGCCACGGGAACCAAGAGCGCCACGACGCGUGCCGCCCCGGCCCUCGUCACACCUCCUGAGAUCAUCACGCCUGAUGGCGAAGAGGAGGAACAGCACUCAUCCACCUCCCCGCCAACACUCCCUGUUGAGCCAUCACAGGAGCAGGCGCAUCCUUCACAGGAGCAGGCGAAACCUUCACAGGAGCAGACGGUUCCUUCAACGGAGCAAGCAGACACCUCGCCAACUCCUAAUACUGACACGAGCGAGCGAGUGGCGACACUCUUGCGGCAAAGGCAGCAAGAGUACAAAAUGGCUGCCCUGGCAGCCAAGAAGGCAGGAGAGGUUCAGCAAGCCAUGGUCUACUUCAGGACCAGCAAGAAGUUUAAUUCCGUGAUCGAGGCCUUGAAACAAGGACAAGCUGUUGACCUGAGCGGCCUGCCACCACCUCCAGGUACAGGUGGAAGUGCAGCAUCAGUCAAGCAAAACGUCCAAGUCCCAGAGCCAACCGCAGCAGCUCCAGCCCCGCCGGCUCCCAGGGAUGCACUGGAGGCCCUGGAGCAGAGGCGAGCCAAGUACGCCGAGGCGUCGGCUCAGGCCAAAGUGGGUGGGGACGAGCGGAAGGCUCGCAUGCACGACCGCAUUGCUAAGCAAUACCAAAGUGCCAUCCGAGCUCACAAAGCGGGAAAAACAGUCAACUUUGAUGAGCUCCCUGUUCCACCAGGCUUUCCUCCCAUCCCGGGCCAGAAGGCCACGACGGCCGAGCAAGGGUUGUUUGCUGCGCUGGAGGCCGCCUCCAAGAUCUCCACUACUGAUGAUGAUGCCGGGAGUGCAGAUGAGGAACAAGAGAAGGAAGUGGAGCCAAAAAAGAGCACACUAAGCGUCCCAGCUGCAUCAAGAGGUCAGAGAUCUCCGUCUGCAUCGAGAGGUCAAAGAUCUCCGUCUGCCUCGCCCGAGAGAACAUCCGCCAGAGAUCUCUCACCUGCAGCAGCGCAGCAGUUGGAGUUCCUUGAGGGCCGCCGCAAACAGUACAUGAAGGCCGCGCUCCACGCCAAGCAGAAGAACGACAUGGAGCAGGCCAAGAGCUUCCUGCGCACCGCCAAGGGUCUCGAGGCCAUGGUGGAGGCGGCGCGCAGCGGAAAAGCGGUGGACGUCAGUUCGGUGCCGUCGCCCCCGGGUGAUGAGGAGGAGGACUUUGUCCUGGUGCACCACAGCGAUGUGGGGCUUUCGGAGAAGGCAGAGCAACUCUACUCACAGUUGAUCAAGAUCCUCAAAGAGCAGCACGAGAAAUGUUUGACUUACUCCAAGCAAUUCACCCACCUGGGAAACAUUACAGAGACCACCAAGUUCGAGAAGAUGGCCGACUCAUGUAAAAAGAGUAUGGAGGUCCUGAAGAUAUCUCAAGCUAAGGGUCUGCCUCCCCCCAAACAUCACUUUGAAGACAGAACCUUCCACACGGUCAGGAUGUUCCCGGAUCUCAGCAGCACAGAGAUGGUGGUGGUUAUUGUGAAAGGCAUGAAUCUUCCUGCUCCUAGUGGCAUCCAAACGAACGACCUGGAUGCUUACGUCAAGUUCGACUUCCCCUACCCCAGCACGGAGCAACCGCAGAGACACAAAACGAACGUCAUAAAGAACACCAACUGUCCAGAGUACAACCAGAGCUUCAGCCUGUCAAUCAACCGUAAUCACCGCGGCUUUAGGAGGGUGGUAACGUCCAAAGGUCUCAAGCUGGAGCUGCUGCACAAAGGCGGCUUCCUGCGGAGCGACAAACCCAUCGGGACGGCACACGUAAAGCUGGAGCAGCUGGAGUCCCACAGUGAAAUCAGGGAGAUCGUCGAGGUGAUGGAUGGCCGCAAGCCUACCGGCGGUCGCGUGGAAGUCCGUGUCCGCCUCCGGGAGCCCCUAAACGGGCAGGACACGCAGGCAAGCACCGAGCGCUGGCUGGUGGUGGAGCGGUCUCAGCUUCUCGUCUAGACCUACAAGAUGUAAGUACACCACGUCUGCCAUGAUGCUACGCCAAUGAGCUUGACCAUGCUUCAUGCUUGUGCAGGUGGAAGGCAACCGAUCUUACUCAGGAGGUGACCCAACUCCCGCCCCUUCCCCUCGGACCACUUUUAAACUAUUUGCACACUGGCAAGACACCCAACUGCUUGGUCAAGUCACUCAUAAGGCAUUUAGCAACAUCUGGUGGCCAAGUGUAAGACUGCAUCUUAAAGACUACGUGCAAGCUCAAGUGGUGUCUAUGCACUAAUAUACCAAAGUAAUCCAUGUUGCUGUAAAAGAAAUCCGAAGCUAUUUGUAGCCAAGGCUCAGCGUAAUAUAUUGGCACAAAGAAUUUGUUCAUAUACAAACAAUAAGUAAGCAAACCAUGCACAAAUCUGACUGUGUAAUCUCCUUUGUAUGUUAAAAACGGAUUUAGUGGAAAGAAA